AUGGUGGACCCGGUGCCGGAAGAGGAAAAGGCCGGAGCCGAGCCUGAAGGUUCGGAAGGGGACGCAGCCGCCGCAUCUGUGCCCCCCGACGCACAGGGCGCCCAGCAGCCCGACGCCUCCUCGGCCUCCACCUCGGCCUCGGCGGCGGCGCCCCGCAAGACUGAAGUCCCGAACGCAGCGGAAGAAGGCGGGCGGCGGGAGCAGUCUCCGCUGCUGCACCUCGACCUCUUCAACUUCGACUGUCCGGAGGCCGAGGGCAGCCGCUACGUGCUGACCAGUCCCCGCUCGCUGGAGGCCUGCGCGCGCUGCGCCGUCAAGCCAGUGGAGCUGCUGCCACGGGCCCUGGCAGACCUGGUGCGCGAGGCUCCGGGCCGCUCCAUGCGGGUGGCCACCGGCCUGUACGAGGCCUACGAGGCGGAGCGGCGCGCCAAGCUGCAGCAGUGCCGGGCCGAGCGAGAGCGCAUCGUACGCGAGGAGAAGCGGCGCCUCUUCACGCCGUUGGGGCCCGCGGCCACCGCCGCCUCGGUGUCCAGCGCGGGCGGCGGCAGCAGCAGCAGCUGCAGCAGCGCCAGCCUCCCGGCCUCGCCCGCGCCGCGUGCGGCCCGCAAGGCCUCUUCCAGCCGGUCUCCGGCCCGGACGCAACCACCGCCCGCGGCGUCGCGGGCAGGUAGGAAGAGCCACUCGCUGGAUUCGCUGUCCCGCCGGCGCGAGGGCGCCCUCAGUUCCGAGUCUGGCGCGUCGUCGUCGUCCUACAGCGGGGAGAGCCUGAGGGAGCUGCGCUGGCCUCCGCGGGCCUCGGCCAGGAACAGCUGCCCCGCGGGCUCCGCGUCCUCCGCCCCCAACCCCCUGGGCCGCCCUUCCGCCCUGGCCUUGGUGCCGCUCACCGGCCGCAGCUUCAGCCUGGGUGACCUGAGCCACUCUCCGCAGACGGCUCAGCAUGUGGAGCGCAUCGUGCGCCAAGUGCGCGCCGAGCGGGGCCUGCGCGGGGUGCCGGAUCGCGACCGAAAGAUCGCGGCGCUGAUGCUGGCGCGCCACCAGGAGGAACGCCUGCUGCUGGAGCAGCGCGCCGCGGCCCACGGCCAGUGGGAGCAGCAGCGCGUGCGCGCCGAGCAGCGGCGGGAGCGCGAGGAGCGGGAGAAGCAGCGUGCGCUGGAGCAGGGCCGCCGGGCCUGGGCCGCGCAGGUGGAGGAGCGGCGCGGCCGUCGGGGGCGCGAGGAGCGCGAGGAGGCGCGGCGGCGGCAGCGGCAGUGCGAGCGCAGCGAGGAGCGGCGGCGGGAGCUGGCCGAACGCCAGGGCCUGCUGCGGCGGGAGCGGGUCGAGCGCGCGGCCCAGGAGGACCGGCUGCGCAAGCUGCAGCAGGAGCAGAACCUGAAGCAGCGGGAGGAGGGCCUACAGGAAGGGCGCGAGCGGGCCGAGCUGGUCCGCAGGGAGCGCGCCCAGCGCGCGGCCCGCACCAAGCAGCGGCAGGAGGGCCAGCUGCAGCGGGAGAAGCGGGAGCUGAGCCGGGCGGAGCGGGCGCGCCACGAGGCGCUGCUGCAAGGCCGGGCCCGGCAGGAGCGCGCGGAGCGAGAGGGCUUGCGGAGCUCCCUGGAGGCCAGCUUGGGCCGCGCGCAGGAGAACUACGAGCAGCUGGUGGAGCAGCGCGCCCGCGAGCUGCGGGAGCGGGCCCGGCGGGAGGAGCUGCAGGGCCGGCGGGCCAAGGAGGUGGCCGAGCGCAAAGAGCGCGAGCACCAGGCGCACCUGGAGGCGCUGGCCCGGGCGGGGGAGCGGCGGCUGCAGCACGCGACGCAGGCAGCCGAAGAAGCCGUGCAGCAGAAGGCGCGGCGCGUGGGCCAGAGCCGGUUGGAGAAGGAGCGGGCCCAGCGCGCCAAUAAGCAGAAGGUGGAGAGGGACGAAGACUGCCGCCGGCAGGAGCUGCUGCAGGCCAUCGGGCGCAAGCUGGAGCGGAGCGAGCAGCUGUCCCGGGAGCGGCGGAGCGCGCUGGAGACCGCCCGCUCCACAGCCCGAGCCUCCUUCCACGUGCGGGAGAAGGUACGCGAGGAGACCAACACGCGCUCCUUCGACCGCAUGGUGCGGGAAGCCCAGCUGCACGCCAGCCUGGACCGCAAAUGA